AUGAACGUCACGCGGCACAACUUUGCGUCGUGUCUGCGAGACUUGCAGCACGACUUGAGGUCUCCGUCGUGUUGCUUUGUAGCCAUUGACACGGAGUUCACGGGCCUGUCGCCCAGCGAACUCGAGCGCGAGCACUACCUCGACACGCUGGAAGAGCGCUACCAGAAGGUCAAGCGCGCAGGCGAGAGCUUCCUCAUCACGCAGUUUGGACUCUCGACCGUCCACGUGGACGACGAGCAGCACGUGCAGGUCAAAACGUGGAACUUUUACGUGUUCCCACGUCCGUACGGCGCUCUGGACGAGCGCUUUUUGUGCCAAGCGUCGAGUCUCCAGUUCCUCUCGGAUCAUGGCUUUGAUUUUAACAAGUUUAUUGGAGACGGCAUUGCGUUCGUCAAGUUGGCCACGCUGCCCGUGAUGAAGAAGCAGCUCAAGGGUCGGAUUGACGGACUCACGAAAGUGAACAAGAACUUGCGUCUCUCGAGUGACGGCCUCGCAUUCCAGCGACAAGUGGACGAGCAGCUGACGCAGUGGAUUUCGCAAGGGGCCAAGAAGGGCGAGAAACUAGUGGUGCCCACGCGAAACUCGUUCUACUCGAUGAUUGUGCAUGAGACGGUACGGGCCAAAGCGAGCUAUUUGUACUCGGAGCGUGCGGUAGGUGGCGUCGAAGUGUCGUUCUUGUCGAAGAAGCUAAAAGACGAACGGAUUGCUGCCAAGGUGGAGGAGAUGCGGCGCGAGAUGGAUGAGACCAUUGGGUUUUCCAAGGUCAUUGAAGCUCUGAGUGAGAGCAAGUUGCCUGUCGUCGGGCACAAUGCACUGCUGGAUUUCGUCUACGUCUUCCACCAGUUUUACAAGCCGCUCCCUGAGACGCUGGCCGGGUUCAAGAUGCAGUUGCUCGAGCUGUUUCCGACUAUUUACGACACCAAGCAUGUCGCGCUGCGUUCUACACUUGGUGAGAAGCUCAAAUCUACCAGUUUGUCGUCGCUGUUCGAGUACAUGCGCGAGAACGUCAAGCCGGAUCCUCAAAGCUUGAUCCCUUGUGGCGAGCGUUUUGACACGUAUCGUGAGGCACUCAAGACUGAGACCGACGGCAGUGAAAGGACAUUGUGUCACGAGGCUGGAUUCGAUGCGUUCAUGACAGCUUUCUGCUUCCUGGGGUUGCUGGCGCAUGACGCCAAAGGUGAGCUGCUUGACCAGUCGGUGCCCAAAGAAGGCGGCUCUACUCGCCUCAAUGUGCGCCUCGAGGAACUGAAGAGCUACAAGAACCAGCUGAACCUCAUGAUCUCGGACGGCAGUUUCUUGGACCUGGACAACGUUUCGCAGAUGAUCGACCGCGCUCGUGUGUACCGUGUCACUAGCACCACGAAACGCCGGAUCCAGCACGUGCGCAUGGAAGACGUGUUCAAGUCGUCCAAGGUGCAGCGCAUCGUGCGGGAGAGCGACCAGAAUGCGUUUGUGAUACUGACCGAGCCGGUGGAAGCAAUGGAUGACGCCGUCAAGGCCGAGCUUGGCGUGGCCGUCACCACGUACGAUGAGCACGUGGCAGCUGAAGCCGCCAAGGCCAAAGUCGAACAAGCCGAGGCCGACCGCCAACUGUUCGAGCGCAUCACGGCUGCCUGCGCCCUGUCUUCAAGUAGCACGGACGCAGAGACGACAGCUGCUGUCGAAGACGAAGCGGAAGCGUCGACGUGGAGUCGCUGCACCAUUUCAUAG